CACAGCUUUCUCUCCUGUCUCUAUCUAUCAUCUCUAUGCACCCUACUGUCAAAUUCUUUCAAUUUCCGCAAAAGCCUAAACCAGUUCCCUCGAUUCUUACCAUUUUGCCAUUGCUCUGCAUAGGGAGUAACUACAGUUAUCUUCUCCUUUUCUACUUCUCUUCAAAUUUUUGCACCAUAAAAAGUUAACAAAAACAUCAUAGACGGUUUCAAGGUUUCCUAGGAUUGAUUCGUCAAAGAAUCAUCUAACUUUAGAUUUAUUACAAGAAAAAACAGAUUGAUCAAACAUAUAUAGUACUGUUUCUCUGUCUAGAUCAAGCUUGCAAAGAAAACAUGGAUCCAAAUCCAGUCCAAAAAUUGGAUUCUUCAAGCACUGAAAUCAACAGUUUUGGUAUCAGUACUCCUGCAAACCCUAACUCCAUGGUGGGUUCACCUUCUGGUUCUUCAUCCUCCGUUUCUCCAUCGUCGACAACCCUAAGCCGAUAUGAGAACCAGAAACGUCGAGAUUGGAAUACUUUUGGGCAAUACUUGAGGAACCACCGCCCGCCGCUGUCCCUUUCCCGGUGCAGUGGCGCCCAUGUUCUUGAAUUCCUCAGGUACUUAGAUCAGUUUGGGAAAACUAAAGUCCAUACUCAGCUUUGCCCUUUCUUCGGCCACCCAAACCCGCCUGCGCCAUGCCCGUGUCCCCUGCGCCAAGCUUGGGGCAGCCUCGACGCCUUAAUCGGCCGCCUUCGGGCCGCCUACGAAGAAAAUGGAGGCAAGCCUGAAACAAACCCUUUCGGUGCCCGAGCAGUUAGGCUUUACUUGCGCGAAGUUCGAGAUUUUCAAUCGAAAGCUCGGGGAAUCAGCUACGAGAAGAAAAAGAGGAAGCGACCACCACAGCAGCAGCAGCCAUCGCCACCGCCAAAUCCAAUCUAGCUAGUACUAUUUUUCGCCACCAUUUGCAUGAGAUUUCUUCCCAAAUCUCAUAUUAUUACUUAUUAUAUAUAAUCUAUGAAGAUUAUGAAAGGUACCUAAAAUUUUCCCUUUUGUAUACUAUUCCUAGAUUUUAUGAAUAUUGAACUAUAUAUAGAUGUUUAUUGUAUCUAUAAUGCAACUAUAUAUUACUA